UCGACAGAAAAAGAAAACGAUUAGCAGAACGCCGUGGGAGGAGGGUCAGAAGUGUCCGAUUUUACCACAGAAAGCGAAAAUAAGUACUCUUUGCUCGUCAAAGAACACACCUGAGGCAGACUGUUACGAUUACAACCGGAAAAACCUACCAAAUGUUCACCUGAAGAGCUUCGCUUAACUACCUUCAUGGUUCAGCAAACAACGGUGUCACAGUACACAGUGCAGUACAGUGACUGGUUCUGAUUUCACUGGUUGUAAACAAAUAUGGCGGAGUAUUCUGGCUACAGCGACAGACUGACCCGAUCAUGCAGUUUUGAUUCUACGUUUGAACAGAUUUUACCUCCAGAGCAGUGGAAGAUUUAUUUGAGCAAGGACUCUGAUAUAAAGAGAGGACAGAAACUUGAUCGGUCAACGUUUAAUGGGUUUAUGGAUACAGAUGGAAGGUUGGUUGAUGUGCAAAGUUUUCGCCAGGCUGUAUUUAGAGGCGGAGUAGAGAAAGAUGUUCGACGUGAUGCAUGGGCCUUUCUCUUUGGACUCUAUCCUUUCCAGUCAACAAGAAGAGAAAGAGAGGUUCUGUCCAUGGAAUACCACUACAGAUAUGAAGCUUUGAAAGCUCGAUGGAAAGCCCUACUUGCCCUGACAACACCAUCAAGUGAUGCUCUUGAAAAUGGCACAGGAGAAACUUAUUUGUCCCGGAAAAACACCUUACCAAGCAAUUGUCCACAACCGAACCCAACUGAUUGUAGGUGCGGACAGACAGAAGGAGGCAAGAGUAGUUCUAAUGGACCACUUCAUUCAGCAAUGAAAACAUCUGAAGAUCAGAAACUACAGAUGGAGUGUAUGGAGCUACAAGCGAGGAUAUAUGCUGAAAGGGAGCCCUUAGAUAUUGAUAAUUUGGAAUCAUUCCGGAAAAGUAUUCGCAUCAUAGAUAAAGACGUACCAAGAACAGACAGGGAUCAUCCACACUUCAAAGGGCCAGAUAAUCCUAAUCUGAGCAGAUUACGAGAUAUUCUCAUCACAUUUGCCGUCUUUCAUCCUGAGGUGACUUAUGCUCAGGGUAUGAACGAUGUUCUGAGUCGAUUCUUUGUUGUAAUGGACAGUGAAGUGGAGUCCUACUGGUGCUUUACGAUAUAUCUAGAAACCAUCUAUAAAGAUUUCCUUGAAGAUGGCAUGCUUCAUAAACUUGAAAUUUUACAACAGAUGCUGCAGGAAAUUGAUCCACUCCUAUAUGAACACUUAGCACAAUGUGACAUUGGUGAUCUUAUGUUCUGCCACAGAUGGCUGUUACUAUGUUUCAAGCGUGAGUUUCCAUAUGAAGAAAGCUUGAUGAUAUUUGAAAUCAUCAGCAGUCAACAUCUUGAAUUGUCAUCAGAAACUGCAGAAAGAGCAAGGGAUGUAGCAAGGGCAAGAGACUUCUUAAAAGGAGGUGGUUAUAAAAGAAUUCAUGCAGGAGUAGUGCGGACAGAUUUCACCUUUGAACUCUUUGUGUGUACAACCAUCUUAUAUGAUAACCGAAAGGCAUUGAUGGAGUGUGUGGAUUCUGCUACAGUUUUUCAAUAUGUAGUCAAUGGGUUAUCAUACAACCUAGACCUCCAACAUGUGGUAUGCCUCGCUGAGAAAAUGCUCCUAGCAUACUGCACGGCAUCAGCAGUCAAAGACAGCUUUGAACUUGUGGAACAUGAGAGUGACUGAAGCAAAGAUCCAAGCAUUUAAAGUAUGUUUCUGUUUGUGUCCAGGAAUUAUUUGCAGUUUUUUUUUAAUGCAAAUAUUGUUCUGCCAGUACUUGUAAAAGGUUUAAAAAACAGCAUUGACUAAAGGGCUAGAGACCUUUAUCACGUUUUGGCCAUCUUGAUUUUCCUCCAUUCCAACUCAUCGUAACCAAACUGAGGCUGGACGAAAUAAAAGUCUGGUGCCGUGUUUGUGCAAUGAAUUUCAGCAUUCAUUACUGUUAUUAGAAACAGGAAACAUGACCAAGAUGGUGACAGCAUGAUAAAGGUCUAUAAGCCUGGAGUUAUGUCACUCAUUAGCCAUCAAAUGUGUAAGGUGCCUGCUUGAUGUGCUUCAUGUGAAUGAUUUUUGUCUUGAAACUUACUGGUUACUAAGUUCAUACUAGAAACCCUUUUUUCUAGAAUGUAUUUUCUUUUGAAAUGAAGUCACAUUCGAGAAAACUGUAAAUGAAAACCCAAAUAAAAUGCCACAGCUGAUUUCAGUUGUCAAAACACAAAUUAAGGACAAUGUGUUUACAUGCUAAAAAUCGGCAUGGUUUUUCAAAUUUUUUCCUGACUUACACAAAGGAUUUAGCCCAAAUGUUAACAGGUUAGAUGUUUAAUGCAUAUGGUUGAUCACACAAAUACAUAAACACUGUCUGCGACUAUUUUGUAAGUUUUCAUUUUCUGUGUAAUUACCUACAGCCCAUGAACCAACUCGAUUUUCUUGUUUGACUUGAUAUAAGGUGAAUUUCCAUGUAAAUGUUUAAUGUCAGUGCCUGAACUUUAAUGUUUUUUCCAUGCCUGAAUUAAUAUUUAUAUUUUUUAAGUCUUUCUUAACAGUGCAUUCCUCAUUUAUAAAGGCAAAUGGUGUGUAAAAAAUGGCUAUGCAGGAAAGAGUAAUUGAGUUAACAUCAUUAAUCUUUUUGCAUUAUUAGUGUGAAUAUUUAAUCAAUAAUUUAUUUAAUGUCCAGGUCCCUAACUGCUCACACUUGGAGAGUUACAGCCCGA